GUUCCUUCAACCAGCUAGCAAUAGCGGGAAAACAAAGAUGGAAGGUUACUUCUUAUUGAUCAAAAUGUUGGUAUUUUCUUUGGUUUCUGUAAUUCUGUAUUUGGUUCUGAGAGUUGUUCAUGUCUAUUGGGUAAGACCCAGAAGCUUAGAGAAUCAGUUGAGAAAGCAAGGCAUCAGAGGCAGAUCUUACAAGCUUUUCCGUGAUGACAUGAAAGAGAUGAGCACGUCCAGCAGAGAAGCAUGGUCCAAACCCAUGUCACUCAACCACCAGAUUGCUCCACGUGUCCUCCCAUAUUUUCAUCAAAUGAUUCAAAAAUAUGGAAAAGUGAGUUUGGGGUGGAUGGAAACAAGGCCAAGGCUGAUAGUAACAGACCCAGAGCUAAUCAAGGAUAUAUUAAUAAACAAAAAUGGGCAUUUCAUAAUGCCACCACUGAAUCCACUUGUGAAACUUCUGCAAUUGGGCGUCGCAACCUUGGAAGGAGAGCAAUGGACCAAACGCAGAAGGAUCGUCAAUCCUGCUUUCCACCUUGAGAAAUUAAUGGGUAUGGAGGCUUCAUUUGUAACCGGUUGUUCUGACAUGAUCGAUCGAUGGGAAAAAUUAAUUGGUGUUGAAGGAUCAAGGGAAGUAGAUGUGGCACCAGAAUUUCAAAAAUUGAUUAGUGAAGUUAUAGCUCUAACGGCCUUUGGAAGCAGCUUUGAAGAUGGGAAGCUAUUUGAGCUUCAGAAAAAGCAAGCCGCUUUAAUGCGUGAAGCCUAUUAUGGUUUCUAUUUCCCAGGUUUCAGAUUCAUACCCACCAAAAAGAACAGGUUGAGGUAUAAGGUGGACAAUGAAAUCAAAGCAAUAUUAAGAGCUACAAUCAGGAAGAAAGAGCAAGCCAUGGAAAAUGGUGAAGUGGGUGCAAAUAAUGAUUUGUUGGGUUUACUGUUACAAUGCAAAGCACAAGAGGAAAAUAGCAUGACAAUUGAUGAUGUCAUAGAGGAAUGCAAAUCAUUCUACUUUGCUGGCCAAGAAAGCAUAGCCACCUUGUUGACUUGGACGAUGAUUCUAUUAUGCAUGCAUCCAAACUGGCAAGAAAAGGCAAGAGAAGAAGUCCUCCGUGUGUUUGGAAAGAAAACACCUGAUUUAGAUGGCAUAAAACACCUCAAAAUCGUGUCGAUGAUAUUGACCGAAGUUUUGAGGCUAUAUCCAUCUCUAGUUCUUCUAUUUAGGCACACCCACCAGAAAACAAAUGUAGGAGGCCUUUCCAUCCCAGCUGGGGUUGAUUUCGUGUUUCCGAUUCUUUUUCUACAUCACGAUCCAAAAUAUUGGGGUGAAGAUGUUGAGGAGUUCAACCCAGAAAGAUUUUCCGAAGGAGUUGUGAAGGCAUCCAAGGAUCAAACUGCAUUUUUCUCAUUUGGGUGGGGGCCUAGAUUAUGUCUAGGGCAAACUUUUGCUAUGUUAGAAGGAAAGGUAGCUCUGGCGAUGAUUCUUCAGCAUUUUUCACUUGAGCUCUCACCUUCUUACACUCAUGCUCCUGUUAUCUCGAUUUCCGUAAAGCCAAAACAUGGAGCCCCAAUCAUACUGCACAGGAUAUAAGAUGCUGAAAUUGUUGCCCAAUAAGUAGAUUCGACUAAACGUUGAAUCUUCAAGUAAUUUGAGUGCACAAAAGAUUGUAAAAUAUUUAAUAUCGAGUGUAGAUGGUUAAAAUAUUUAACUGAGUGCCGAUUGUAAAAUAUUUAAUAUUUAAUAUCGUAUGCAAAAAUGAUUGUAAAAUAUUCAAAAUCGCUGCGAUUUCUUAUAAUAAAACUAGUUUCAAAUUAAGUUUAAAAUUAUGUUAGUUAUCGUGAUUGUAACCUUAUUUUCUUACUCUGCACUCAUUUCAUUGUUUUUAUCCUUUAAUUCCCUUUUGAUUUUUUAAAUUUUAAGUCUCUAGAAGAAGUGUAUGAAAGAAAUUAAAAGCACGAAAGUCACUUCUCUUUUACCGGAUUGAUCAAUUAAAUAAUGUGAAUAAGGUCUAUGAUAUGAAGUUAUAGCAAGUCUCAGUGUGAUGAAAGAUCCUUUGUAGAGCAGCUCAUGUCAUGUCACCCGUGCAUUCAAGACUAACACAAGAAGAGUGUAACCUUUGGCUCUUGUGUGUCUUGACCAUAUGAGUGAUCCAAGAAUUUCUGCAAGGAAGAUGUAGCCGACAUUUUAUGCAGCUUUUACUCAUCUUAUUACCUUUCAAGAUGUUUGAAACAGUGAAAGUUAUUUCACUUUUUCCAAAAACCUAUCUUGAGUUUUGGUUUUGCAACCCAAUAAAAUUAAAAGAAUAAAUCUGACCAAACUCGAUAAAUCAACCACUUUUGACACACCCCAACCCAGAAAGUCCACUUGAACUCUGAAUCGAGCUGUGCUGGCCGACACCUGGAAGGUGACGAAGCCAUAAAAUGUGAUAGUGUAUAAAAAGUGAAUACAUUUGAAUCUAGAAGUGUCUAAGUAUCAGAGUGCGCUACGAGUGGGAGCGAACUCAUUUCACACGCGAUGUCAGAGCAUAAGUAAGGUACAGUAGUGUGGGUAAGAAUCAUACCCUUAGAAAUAUCCAUCAAUACUAA